AUGGACUCCCACGAACAGGGUGCGUCUCCUUCACUGGUUCCAUCAUUUCGCCUACAGGGAGAUGUGGGCUUCCCACCUGAUUUUUGGAUCACUCAUGACUGCGGAACAUGUUAUUUGUUAACAAGCGAGCCACGUAAAUUGAACCUUUUCAUCUCUGCAGUGAAUUUCACUAGCCCGCGGAAAGGCUCAACCACACGACUAAUUCAAGCUAAUCUCGACACCAACCUCAUGAAAUGGUAUCUGAAUCUACGGUCCCAGUCAAUGGCGAUGGUGACGGCGACUGGGAUCCCGACGCCACGUCCCGUGCACGUUCAUGGUACUGAUUUCGAGCAGCUGGUAGCGGAAGCUAUGUCGAUUCGGCUAGGGAAGCCAGGUGCCUUUUUAUCAAGAAAUCAUACCGACAAAUCUAGUGUCCAGUUGAUUUAUGUGGACACAGCUGUGACCUCUAUCUACAAAUCCUUUCGCAGCCAUCCUAAGGACAAAUUUAAUCCAGCUGCGGACUUCAUAAAGAGCUGUAUAGGCUACACUCUGUACUACUACUUCCAUAGCUCUCUAGCAGAAGUCAAUAGAGAAAUCUUCAAUGGCAGGAUUCAGGAAGAUCUAGAGGAAUGGAUACGAUGUGUUCUAAACUUCCUGGAUGCUGUUAGGGAAUAUGGGAAGAUAACUACAACUUCUGCAAGCGAGCCGAACGAAGAUUGGACUAUUAAGCUGCGGGCUCCAUGGGAGUCUAUCCCACCUCAUCAAAUUCCUUUCACAAUCAGACACUAUCGGUGGGCUUGCGUGCCGAAGCUUGCAGGCUACAAGGCGUCUCGCAAGUUUAGAAAGCACAGGAUCUCCCUGAAAUACUCGUCGUUCAAUUCGAACCAUACCUCUCCAAUAGUUGCAGAGCGAGCUUUAGAGCGAGCUUCAGAGCAUAGUAAGAAUGUCACCCAACAGGCUGCCACUCGCAGUGAACUGAUGAACCAAGCCCUGCAUGGACUUCACUCGGCUGUCGGCGGUGCAACAGGUUUCUGCAUAACCUUUCAGGGAGGUACACUGGAAUUUUCGAACAAUCCAGGCUAUCCAUCACCGAGUAAAAAUCAGAGCACGUAUGCCUUGCAUACAGCGGUUGGUAAUAACCAGCAGGGUACUGGAAAUGCUCCAGCGGUCCUAGCCCAGCAGUGGCGGGAUGAGAAUAUGGCCAGCAAAACUACUCUCGGGUUCGGGCAUAGUGAGAAUACUUUCCAAGGGAAUGAUGAGGAUGUUCUCGAAGCUCUCUAUGCGAAGCAGUCGAAUUGA